GGCACCUCGACCGCAAAGUGCCCGUUCCAACGUGUGCCGGGCAAGUAAACGAUUUGCUUUGAAGUGUGACCGAUUCCCGUGAAUAUCCCGUGAUAGCCAACAGUAAAGCCAGAGAUAGUCCUUCUCUGCACUGCACUGUAGAAAAUGUUGUCCUAUCUGUACACAUACCUGACCAACCUGCCCCGAUGGCACCUGGUGGCGAUCGUAUUUGUUGGAUACCUCCUCUACUACCUGAUGGAAGUAGUAAAGCGACCAAUUCUGGCUGUAUCCAACGGACCGUUCAAACAGUACCUCCGGAAGCACAUCCCUACGCUGGAGCAUAAAUUUUGGCCCACGUUCUGGUGCUUCGAGAGCCGCGCCCAAACCGUGUUUGCUAGCAUUCUGCGGUCGAACAUAAUGCCGGCGAUCGACUACAGGCGCGAGGUGCUGACGCUGAAGGAUGGCGGUGAGGUGGCACUAGACUGGAUGGAAGUGGGCUGCGAUCCGGAAGCCCCGAUCAUCAUUAUCCUGCCGGGACUGACGGGAGAAUCACAGGCCGAAUACAUUAAGUGUCUGGUAACGGCAGCCAACGCCAACGGGAUUCGGACCGUUGUUUUCACUAACCGUGGGUUGGGCGGAGUGGAGCUUAAAACCCCACGACUGUACUGCGCCGCCAACUGCGAGGAUCUGUCCGAGGUGGUGAAGCAUGUCCGACAAGCACACGCACACGUCCGCAUCGGAGCUACCGGCAUCUCGAUGGGCGGCCUCAUACUGGGCAACUAUCUUGCACGACACUCGGACGAAGCGAAAUCGAUCCUGACCGCGGCCACAAUUAUCUCCGUGCCGUGGGACGUGCACAAGGGUUGUGCCAGUAUUGAGCAGCCGAUACUGAACAAUCUUCUGGGAAGACAUCUGGCAUCGAGCCUCUGCCGUACCGUCAGUAAAUAUGAUAUCCUGCGAGGCGAGCAGUUCGACUGGGACAUGAACCAAGUUCUGCAAAGCAGAACCAUCAAAGAGUUUGACUCCGCGUUCACGUCGAAACAUUUCGGGUACAAGGACGUCGACAGCUAUUAUACAGACGCCACGCUACACAAAAAACUCCACAAGAUCAAAGUGCCUUUGCUGUGUCUGAGCGCAGCCGACGACCCGUUCCAACCCCUCGACGCCAUCCCGGUGAAGGCGGCAACCAAAUCGUCGCAUGUUGCCAUCCUGAUAACGGCCCGCGGUGGCCACAUCGGUUUCCUCGAAGGCUGGUGGCCCACCAACAAGGAUCAGUACAUGGGCCGCCUGUUCGGCCAGUACUUUUCGGCCGCCCUGUUCGAUCCGGACAACGAAUUCUACCGGACUUCGCAGCUAAUGAUGGAACACAAUUUGACCGCUUCGACUUCGGUACCGGGCACUCCUUUGUCGCAAGCUGGGGCCACCACUAGUACCAUACGGAAAAAGUCGAUCCCUUUCUAAUGACGAAUCCUGCGGCCACCGGCGUACGGUGAUAAACAUGCGGUUUCCUGGAAGGUAGCUUCUGGUUUCUAGCAGACGAAGCGUCAGUACCACGUGUCAGUGCGCGGGCAUUCAUUAGAGAAACAGCUGGCGGUAGCAAAUGCUUAAAGCUAAGAAUCUUGUUUCCAUAAUGAAUAUUUGAAAAGUUCGAUCAGCUGUUUCGUAUUGCAAACAAGAUGCUACUAACGCGUAGAGAUUCAUACCAAAAGCGUCUGGCAAGCGUAACCAGAGUGCGAAGCACUGUACGAAACAAAACAAAAAACAAACAAUUGUUGUGAUAGAGAUAGUUCAAGAAUUUAACAAUGUUCCCGGAAGAACGCUGCAAGUUUUGGUUCCUGCCAGCGCUGGGAGAGCAAUCGCUAGAGGAUAUUAUUUUUUCGGUACAAAGGUGUUUGAUCGUUCGAACCCUAAACAGGAACUAUUCCUCGGGCAUGAAAUCUGAUCAUCAUUCAAACUCGGUUCUGUUCGUUAAUCGGUAAAGUAAACGAGCUUGACGGAUUUCGUGCGGUUUUUAGUAUCAUUCUAGUGGAUAAGUAAUACGGUGCAGAUAAGGUGAGCGAUUUCGUAGGCCAAACUGAAGAGGAACAGUUCUGUACUUCAAUCACGGAACUACGGUACUGUAUGUUCUGCCAUAAAAACGAGCGACAUGGAGGUGUUUUAGUACGAUCCUCUCUCAAGAAACUCGAAAAUUAAUUAAACAUUUUCAACAGAACAGUGAAAGUAAUCAAAUUUCCCCAUUUUACCAUUAUCGUAUUCUACGACACUAACGUUAUUGAAAGCAAUGGAAGCAGUAUUGGUAGUAUCGUAGUUAUGAAAGCAUAAAAGACUCACUAGAAAUACGAUUAGACACUGGUUAACAGAAAUUAUUGAUUAUUUUGAUUAUCUACUCAAAACUCCACAAGAGCUACAUAGUUUGUGAGCGGUUAGUGAACGGAAGCAAUAACUAGCUUAGACGAAUGCCUGGACAGAAAGACAGCUCUAAUCGAGGGCAAGGAUUUAGCAAAUAAGCUUUAACAUUAGAUACCGGGCGAGCCUGCCCAACGGGUUGGCCGUAACUUUCAAAACAAACUUUGUUCACAUAUCCUAAUGCCGAAAACACCAUAAAACCUGAUAUGAUCACCAGAGGGAAGCGUACAGGAGCUGUUGCAAACCAAUGUGCUGCAAGUGAAAGAGCUCUAAGAAACUGCUUUAUCUUUUUUGCUUAACGUUAAUAAUGUAUCGUAAUUAAUUUAGCAUCGUGUUCUUGUUAAUCCUGUACUCUUUGGUGAGAGCUAAUUUUGGGAUCAACGCACGCUCAUCAAACGGUGACGAUCAAGCGAUUAUAAAAAGGCAACUGUUCUUAUAGUUUAGAAAAUGUUAACUACUUACUAAUUAUUCCAAACAAACAAAGGAAACAAACUUUAACGACAUCAUACUUUGCUAGGAGAAAACUGUAACAA